AAUAAGAACACAGUCAGUCAGGUAACUUGGCAGGCAGGUGUCGUCAGCCAGACAACCAGGUUAUUAGAGAACCAGUCAGUGAGGUGUCCAGCCUAACAGGUAGCUAAAGAACCAGUCAGACGACCACCUAAAUUAAGUUCCACAAGAAAGUUGCUUUCAGUUAGCUGAACGUAUCUGUGCUCAUUGGCGGAAGGAGAGACCUCACUGAUCACAGAGACCCAGAGAGGACCAGACCAGGAGAGACCUCACUGCUCACAGAGACCCAGAGAGGACCAGGCCAGGACCAGGUCCAGAACCAGCACCAGAAGCAGCUCCAGGUCCGGUGGACUCCCCGGCAGACAGGAUGCUGUCCAGGCUCCCGUGGCUGGUGAGGGCUCUAGUCCUCCUGACCCUCUGGGGGCAGCAGAGCGUGCAGGCCAGGAGAGGGCAGCAGAGCGUGCAGGCCAGGAGGGGAGCCAGGUGUGUGGAAGUGAGGGCUGCCUGCGCUGAUCUGCACACUCUGGACAGACUGCUGCUGAAGAUGGCCGACCAUGGCAUCAACGACUCGGUACAUGAUGAACGAAUCCUUCUGGAGGUGAAGAACUUCCGCAAGAUCAAACAGAAGAGGAUUCUCCACGGCUGUGUUCUGCUGAAGGUCCUGGACUUCUUUGAGGACGUUCUCCUGAACACAGCUGGACACCCUCACCUGAAGGCCUUCCUGCCCACCAUGCAGCGAUGCGUCAAAGUGAAGGAGAAGAGUUGUGACGAACUGUACCACAAGACCAAUUGGAACGCAGGGAACCAGUCCCAGCCUCUGUCCAGUCUGAAACCCAAACACAUGGCUGCUCUGCAGCUGCAGUUGCUUCAGUCUGCCAGCGAGAAGCUGUCAGAUCCCGGCGUGGUUAACAAGGCUCUGAUGGAGAUGCAGGGGCUGGUGAGGGGCUACGUGCUGGGGCAGGGUUGGCGUCGCUGGGAGAAGAGGAAGCAGGGGUGACAUCACUUCCUGGACACGCCCACUUUACAAAAAAUAGACAACCUCCGGAAUGUCUCCCCCCCACGUCACCUUGGAGACGGACCUAUGUCACCUUGGAGACGGACCUAUGUCACCUUGGAGAUGGACAGACGACGCCAGGUGGAAGAAGAUGGUGCAGUCGUGUGUUCGUGUUCUUAUGUAUUCAUCUAAAAUAUUGUUUUUUGUGAAAAAGCAAUAUUUGUCGACUCAUGAUAUUGUAGUUAGUUUCACUUUUAAAAAGUGUUUUGAGUUUGUCUUUAUCAGUAACAGUUGUGAAAGAUUCAAAAUGAGAAUACUUAUUAGUAUAAAAUGUCUGUAUUGUUGAUGAUGAUACAAAUAAGAAGAAUUAUGAUGAGGAUUAGGAAGAUGAUCUGGAUGAUUCCAACAUUGUGUUUUAAUUUCUGCUUAUAUUUUUGUAUUUGCUUCUUGUCUGUGAAGCUGAGGUCAACUCUCUGAGUAACUUUACCAGAAGUGAAGAAUAGAUAAACAUUGGUGUUGUACUUUCAAUGAAAGGUUCAGUUUGUGACUGUGAAGACAGGCAGUAACGCUUGGAUUAACCUCCUUGACUAUAACACAUUUCUUUUUUCUGUGAAAAUAUGAGGUGAGGUGAAAAUAUAGCUGGUGUGUGUGUUGAUGUAACCUGCUUGUGUGCAUGUACGUCCUCCAAUUAAAAUCUGGCA